UUGAAUUGGUACGCAGGCCAUUGGCCCAAUUCAAGGGCGAUUCAGUUUCACUUCUUCAAUCUUCUUCAUCGCCCGCCGUCUUUCGCUGUUGUUGAAGCUCCUUCGACUCCGGUUGAGAUUUUGGGGAGGUUUUUGAAAGCAGCUAAGAGAAUGGAAUUUGAGAAGAGGAAAGCUGCGACCAUGGCGUCACUAGGCUCAACUGAGACCGAUAAAUCACCCAAGGGAAGCUUGGAUACUCCAAUCAUUCCUCUCAUCAACACUCUCAACAGCCAUCCGUCUUACUUCACCACAAGUUCCUGCUCUGGUCGGAUUUCUAUUCUCGCCCAACCAAUCUCUACAACCUCUGCCGCCGCCCCGAAGCCGAAGAAGAAAGCCCUAGGUGGUUCUUGGCUCUUUGUUAGUCAUGAGUUUGCUGAACCCAACUCAGUGAUCGACCUCCUCUUCCGUUCUCCAUCAACUAAUAGGGAGUUAUCUGAGCUUGUGUUCAGGUUUGAACCUCUGAUAAUAGCAGUUGAAUGUAAGGAUCUUGGAUCGGCUCAGGCUUUGGUUUCCACUGCUAUAUCUUGUGGGUUUAGAGAAUCAGGCAUUACCAGUGCUAGCAAGCGUGUGAUAAUUGCAAUUCGCUGUUCUAUUCGAAUGGAGGUGCCGCUGGGGACUAGCGAGAAGAUUAUGGUUACGCCCGAGUAUGUCCAGUACCUUGUCAAUGUAGCAAAUGAGAAGAUGGUGGCCAAUAAGAAGCGAACUGAUGGGUUUCUGAAGGGAUUGCAAAGUAGUAUUUCAGAUGCUUCGCGAACGUGUCAUGGAAUACCAUCGAGAGAGGCAACGGAGAAUGUGAAUGAUUCACUAGACAGCAAAGGACAUGAUUGUGCUGAUGGUGAUGAUGGUGCGGCGCUGGAAGGCGGGGUUAGGAAUGCCAAUUCUGGAUCAUCAGAAGCAUGCAGUUAUAGUUUAUCUGUUGAACAGAUAGACAUUGCUGGUGAACCUAUCGAGAAGCUUUUUAUUUGGGGGCACUCGGCCACUACUAUCCACGAUAAAGUUAUUGCAUUUGGUGGUUUUGGAGGCAUGGGCAGACAUGCAAGAAGAAAUGAUUUAUUGCUACUUGAUAUGUUGUCGUACACAUUGCAGACGAUCAAUGUAGAAGAUAGUCCAUCUCCUCGUUUAGGUCACACAUCAUCUUUGGUUGGAGACCGCCUUUACGUUGUUGGUGGCAGGACAGAUCCUACGUGCAUUCUAAAUGAUGUAUGGCUCUUUAAUAUCACUCAGGAAAAAUGGACGUUACUAGAAUGCACUGGCAGCCCUUUUUCACCUAGGCACCGGCAUGCUGCAGCGGCAUUAGGCUCAAAAAUUUAUGUGUUUGGUGGACUUGAGAAUGACAGAAUCUCAUCUUCUUUUAUUUUCCUGGACUCAGAUAGUCAUCAGUGGAAAGAAAUACAGGCUGGUGGUGAACAGCCAUGCGGUCGUCAUUCGCACUCAAUGGUAUCUUAUGGGUCACAUAUUUAUAUGUUUGGAGGGUACGAUGGGGAGAAAACUCUAGGAGACUUGUAUUCUUUUGAUACAAAUGCUUGUUAUUGGAAGAAAGAAAAUAUAGCUGGGACAACUCCGAAUGCAAGGUUCUCCCAUGCAAUGUUUGUGUAUAAAAAUUAUAUUGGAAUUAUUGGAGGUUGCCCUGUGACACAAACCUAUCAAGAGUUGGCAUUACUUGAUUUGCAACUUCGUUGCUGGAGGCACGUGUCCCUAAAUUGUACUGGCAGGGAAUUAUUUGUUCGUAGCACGGUCAGUGUUGUUGGUAAUGAUCUCAUCCUAGUUGGUGGUGGGGCAUCAUGUUAUGCAUUUGGGACGACCUUUAGUGAGCCAAUGAAAAUUAGGUUGCAUCCAUUGAUAUCCUCAGAGGUUGUUUUAGGGCAUUCUGGAAACACAGAAAAACUGGAGAAGGCGAACAGAGAUCCAAAAUGUAUGCCCAACGGCAAUGCUCAAAGUUUCAAUGAAGCUUUUGGCUUUAAUAUUGAUUUUGAAAAAUCCAAUUCACAUGAACAAAAACAAGGUGCUUUGUAUUGGGUUUUACAAAUUGAAAGAAAGUAUGCAAAGUUAGUGAAAGACAUUUUAAAGAAGUUUGGAUGGCUGGAUAUGGGUAGAAAUGUUUCUUCACGAGGCAGUGGAACGCAUAUUUGCUUUCCAGUGAAUGUCAAAUUCUGUGAUACAUUUGAUGAAAAGCAAUCCUGGUGGGCAGAUCAACUUGAACAGGAGAAUGACUUUCGUAUAUCAGGACCUGAAAGUUGGGAAGGAUGCCUGACCUCUAACUUAAAAGCUUUGAAUGUUUUAAAGAAAUGUGGUGCAACUAAACUGGUGGAUGAAGUCGUUGACAUAAAAACAGCAGCCAAAACUCCAUUUAAAAAGAUGAGUGAAGCAAUGUCCUCUUUGCUAAAGCAUAAUGGCUUAUCUGAAGAACUCCUUGAGGAGCUGCCAACAAGAUGGGAGCGACUUGGGGAUAUUGUGGUGCUUCCAGUCACAUCUUUUAAGGAUCCCACAUGGGACACCAUUGGGGAGGAGCUGUGGCCUUUGGUUGCCAAAUCACUUGGUACUUAUCGUCUUGCUCGCCAAGGAAGGGUUGCUUCUACUGGUACAAGGGAUAGUAACUUGGAGAUUCUUUUGGGGGAUAAUGGUUGGGUUGAACAUAGAGAAAAUGGAAUAACUUAUUCUUUCGAUGCCACUAAGUGCAUGUUUUCCUGGGGAAAUCUUUCCGAGAAGUUACGGAUGGCCCAUCUGAACUGUAAAGAGGAGACCGUUGUGGAUUUAUUUGCUGGAAUUGGAUAUUUUGUGUUGCCAUUUCUUGUCGGGGCUAAAGCAAAGCUGGUCUAUGCUUGUGAAUGGAAUCCUCACGCUAUUGAGGCACUUAAACGUAAUUUACAAGCUAAUUGCGUAAGCAAUCGUUGUGUUGUUCUUGAAGGAGAUAACCGGGAAACAGCACCUAAGGGAGUUGCUGAUCGGGUCUGUCUCGGUCUCCUUCCAACAAGUGAGGGUAGCUGGGUAACUGCUGUGAGGGCAUUAAGAAGUGAAGGUGGGACACUACAUGUGCAUGAUAAUGUUAAGGACUCGGAAGAAGAACAAUGGACUCAACGGCUCGUACACUCAAUAACAGAAAUUGCUAAAUCUGAAGGUCAUUGUUGGGAUAUCACAAUAGAACACAUCGAGAGAGUAAAAUGGUAUGCCCCACACAUUCGUCAUCUUGUUGCAGAUGUUCAAUGCAAAAGGAUUCAACGGAACAGUUGAGGAAUUUGCUUCCUGCAUGAAUCUAGCUGAGCUAUGUGGUUGGUAAAGUUAUUAUAAGUAUUCAAGAUCCCAAAAGCUGCAGAGGUCUUGAUCGACUUGAUAUGCAUUGAAGGAGGAUUUAUAUGAAGUCUCCGUCAUGCUAGCUGAGAAAUCUUCUUCUUGCUCAAGGGGAUUUUGCAAUUGAUGAUGUUUUAACACAAUCUUGAAAUAGGAUAAAUGGUAAAAUUAUCCAUAAACAGAAAGGGGCCUCUAGUUCUUGUUCAUGAGAUAUUAUUGUAUGGUAGGAUUACAUUUUGAUUUGUAAGAAUGUUAUAUAAAAACCAUGUAUUCUUUUUCUAAUAGAAGACACCAUGACGAAGUAUGCAAUGAAAGGCAAUCCAAAUUUUCCUA